CACACUAAUGGCAUUUUCCCUCGAGGAGCAAAACAAUUGGGAGUCUCCAGAGCUGCUGUGCUGCUUCGUGUAUAAGUUUUGUUAGCACUUGCAGAGCUAUAUGUUUACUUCUAAACUGAAAAUGGAAAGCGUUAUUGACACCAAUGAAAUCGUACAGUGUUUUAAUGAGAAGUUUCUCUUUCUGGAGCUCGUCUCGCUGUGGAGCUGCUGCUGAUGUCGUGCACCUACAGCCAGGAAAGUCACUGAGCUCGCCUGGUCGAAGUAACCAUAAACUGAUUAAAUAGAUUGUUUUAAGUUGUGGUACAAUGGGGAUUUAUUUGUGGAUGAUACUUUUUCUUCUACACAACGCUAACAGAGUUGAAGGGUUAAAGUUUACCAAGAACCCAGCCAACCUCACGGUAACCCAAGGUAACAUGGCCCGUCUCGGAUGUGCUGUCGAGGGCUUAAUUGAGCCGGAGAUCAUGUGGAUGAAGGACGGAGAAAAACUGUACAGCAUGGACCAGAUGUACAUCACUAUAGACACCCAUCACUGGGAGACAUAUCACAGCGUGAAAUCAGUCCAGCAGCAGGAUGCUGGGAAAUACUGGUGUGAGGUUGAACAUCAUGGCACCGUCAUCUCCUCUGAGCCAGCCUGGAUCACUGUGGAAGGUGUACCCCACUUUACAUUAGAACCCCAGGAUAUUGCUACAUUUCCUGGGGCUCCCUUUAACCUGACUUGUGAAGCUAUUGGACCUCCUGACCCAGUGCAGGUGCUCUGGUGGCUUGGUGGAGUACAAGAAGGAGAUUUCAGGCCCUCCCCAUCUGUUCUUAUGGUAGAAGGUGUGAAUGACAGCAUAAAAUUUUACUGUGAAGCCAAAAAUGCCAGAGGUAUUUCUGUGUCUCGGACUGGCACCGUGUAUAUUAAAGUACCUCCUGAUUCUCCUACGAAUAUACACCUUGACCAGAUGUCUGAUAAUGUGACCCUCAUGUGGAGCCCAGGGUUCACUGGCUAUUCUGACUUGUCCACCUGUACCAUUCAGAUGUCUAAGAACUCUGGGACAAAGAUGAAACUUCCUGAGCUACAAGUUACAGUGCCACCGUUCCAGCACACAUUUGGAGGACUCAGCAGUCACUCCAAUUACAGCUUUCGAAUCCGCUGUGGUAAUGAGGUUGGCUCCUCCCCUUUUUCUCCUUGGGUGGACUUUCAGACUCCAGAAGCAGUGCCCUCAGCAGCACCCAAAAACCUAACCUUUCAGUUGACAGAGCAGCAGCUGUCCCUGAACUGGGCAGCACUCAACGAUGAAGAGCUGAAUGGACGACUGUUGGCCUAUAAGGUGCAAUGGAAUAUAGGAGGAGAGAGUCAGGAGCCAUUGCUGUUUAAGGAAAACUUUGCUCAUCUCUCUGGAGGUGCUCGCUUCUUCAAUGCCACUUUUCAAGUAUCUGCUUGUACAGUGGUAGGAUGUGGACCCUUGAGCAUGCCAGUGCUCAUUAUGCCAAUUUCAGCUGUUCAGGCUCAAUCUGCAAGAGGACACAUGUGGGUGGGUCUGCUUUUUGGACUGCUGGUGGCCACCAUUCUGGGACUUCUGCUUAUAGUCCUGGUACACCGCAGAAGCAAAGAAUCUCAAUUUGGGUCUGCAUUCAAGUCAUCAGGGAUGGAAUCUGUAGUGUCCUUCACUGCAGCAAGAUCCUUCAACAGGCAGGGCUUGGAGUUCCCAGAACACACACUGGACAGUCUGGGCAUUAACGAUGACUUGAAGACCAAGCUGCAGGAUGUCCUCAUCCCUGAAAGGCUUCUCACCUUAGGGCACAUGCUAGGAAAAGGGGAGUUCGGCUCAGUGCGAGAGGCCUUUCUUAAGAUGGAGGACAGCUCUGUGCAGAAGGUGGCAGUGAAAGUACUGAAAACUGAUAUCAACUCUUCAAGUGAUAUAGAGCAAUGCCUCAAAGAGGCUGCCUAUAUGAAGGAUUUUCAUCAUCCCAACGUCAUCCAGCUCAUAGGUGUGAGUCUGCACAGACGACCCCAGCAACGGUUACCUAUUCCUAUGGUGAUCCUUCCCUUUAUGAAACAUGGUGACCUGCAUACUUUCCUCCUUAUGUCCCGUCUGGGGGACGAACCCUUUACCCUUUCCCUACAAACACUUGUUCAGUUCAUGUUGGAUGUUGCUCGGGGAAUGGAAUAUCUUGGCAGCAAAAACAUCAUCCACAGGGAUUUAGCUGCUCGCAACUGCAUGUUGAAUGAGAACAUGACAGUAUGCGUAGCAGACUUUGGUCUUUCCAAGAAGAUCUACACUGGUGAUUAUUACAGGCAAGGGUCGGUCUCAAAGUUGCCAGUGAAGUGGAUUGCACUGGAAAGUUUGGCUGACAACGUUUAUACAACACAAAGUGAUGUGUGGGCUUUUGGAGUGACCAUGUGGGAGAUUAUGGCUCGAGGACAGACUCCUUAUCCUGGGGUGGAAAACUCAGAAGUCUAUGAAUACCUCAUCAAAGGUGAAAGGCUCAAACAGCCACCUGACUGUCCUGAUGACAUCUAUGAGAUCAUGCACAGCUGCUGGUCUCCUGUUCCUAAGUGUCGUCCCAGUUUCCAACAACUGGUGGCUCAGUUAGAGGGUCUCUGUACUGAACUUUCUCCAGCGGCCACAAAGGAGCAACUGCUUUAUGUGAACCUGGAAGAUGAUGAUGAUAGGGAGCUGGAUUCAGGGCUCGGAGCGACUGCCAACACACCGGGCACUUACGAGCCACAGUGGGGUGUACCUUGGCAAUGUACAGAUAUGGAGGAUAUUGAAAAAGACUGGCUUGUAGUGUCCUCGGGAGCUGCACUGGCUAUCGGCGGUGACUAUCGCUAUAUUAUUGGCCCAUGUGGGUCUACAGACAGGGAGAGCAGACAGUCUGAGGACGGCCGCUCGGAAGAUAUCAGAGACGAUGAGGAUGUUAUCAUAAAUGUGUGACAGUUUUUUAAUAUAUGAAAUGUAUGAUGUAUUAGCAAGUUCUGAUAAACUGAAGGAGCUUGUGAAAUGUGUAUGACAUAAAGAACACUUUUAUGAGGCAAAAUAGACAUAUACAAUCAGCUAAUACCAUGAAGUAGGCAUAGUUUUCAAAGGUAGUAUAUAUAAAUAAAUGUUUACAAGCAAAAAAAAAGCUAAAAGGUUUUCAAUACUUAGAAAAGUUAGUUUAUUAACUUUGUACCACGAGCACUGAUUUACUGUACAUAUAAUGUUUCUCAUUGAUGUAUUUCCUCUGUCAGAGAUCUCUUGCUUUUACUUUGUCAUGUAAAAUAAUUGUUUGUCCUUUUACAAUGCCAGUAUUGCAGAGUUUGUACAGGAUCUACACAGAAUUGGUGAUUUGGGGUAUUGUACAAAUGGUGUAUGUUGUAAGUGUCCACAUUACAGUAUUCUGUAUUAUAUCUGGAUGUGAAGUGAUGAGAUGUCUGUUGGUGGUUUAGGUUAUUUUAAUGUCAAAUGGAUCACCUUUAACAAAUGGUGAAGAAUUUAAGUGUCAUUUAUUAUGGUUGAAUAACUUUGUACAAUUUACAUUUUCCUUUAGUUCAUUAGUGAAUGAGAACUAAAAUUUGUUAUGCCUUUUAAAAGGGUAUCUUUUUAAAAUGAUUUAACAUUCCUUGUCAGAAGUGGAUAUGACCAUGUUUAUAUAUGUAUGUAUGUAUGUAUGUAUGUAUGUAUAAUGUGUGUGUGUGUAUACACUACCGCUCAAAAGUUUGGGAUCACUGGCUUGAUUUCAGCUACGGAGGAAGACUCCAUCAGCCAAUCCAUCUUGUGGGAGAUUCUCCAGGAAGCAUGGGGUGAAAUCUCAUCAGAUUAUCUUGAAUAAUUGACAGGUAGAAUGCCCAGGCUGUAAUUGCUGCAAAAGGUGUUUUUUCUUUUUUUUGAGGAAGGCAAAGUUUGAGAAAAACAUUCAUCAUUUCCAUCAAAAUCAUUAUUUCUAACUCUGACAUGUCAGCAUGACCUGUUCUUUUGCUAUAUUUUCUAUUCAGACUAAUUCCGUGUGUGUUUCUUUGGAAAACAAUAAAAUUUUUGAGUGAACCCAAACUAUUGAGCGGUAGUGUAUAUAUUAGAGCAGAAAAAGACUUGACUAUAUGGCUAUUAUGGUUGUACACAAAUCAAGCAUUGAACAUGUAACAAUGGAAGUGAUGUACGGGCACCAAAAUAUCCCCAAACUAUGGGUGGAAGUAAAUACAGUAUGAAUGCUUCAUUACGUGGGCUACACACAGCCUUUAGCUGACACUUGAAAUAUCUCAAACUUUCAGGUUCUUUUUCUUUAAUAGUGUUUAUGGGAAAGUUCUUAAAACAGUGUUACGAUGGAGCUGAUAUUGUGUUAUCUUCAAACUGAAGUGGAACAUGUUCAUUUUCAACACCGUUCUGAUUUUGAAUAAAAAAUAAACAUGAAUUUUGAA